AUGGGCGAACAAUCCCUCUCCCAGCCCAAGCCCCAGCCUCUCUCCCCGCCCCCGUCGCCUCCCGCCUCCGCCGCGUCGCCGGCCCCGGCCCCGGCCUCCGCAUCUGCCUCUGCCGCCUCCACCUCCCGCACCACCAGAGCCGCGGCCUCGCGCCCCAAGAAGGAGGCGAACCCAUCGCCAGACCCCAACCCGGCCAAGAAGCCCCGCCUGACGUUCUCGAUCCCGGGCCGGCCGGGCCGGCCCCUGUCCGCGGUCGGCGAGGUGGGCGUGGCCAUCCGCCACCUGCGCGCCGCGGACCCCGCCCUCGCCGCCGUCAUCGACGCGCACGAGCCCCCCGUGUUCCAGUGCCCGCACCGCCCGUUCCACUCCCUCGUCCGAUCCAUCCUGUACCAGCAGCUCGCCUUCAAGGCCGCCGCUUCCGUCUACUCUCGGUUCCUCUCGCUCCUCGGCGGCGAGGCCGGCGUGGCCCCCGACGCCGUCCUCGCGCUCACCCCGCACCAGCUCCGCCAGAUCGGGGUCUCCCCACGCAAGGCGUCCUACCUCCACGACCUCGCCCGCAAGUAUGCCGACGGGAUCCUCUCCGACUCCGCCAUCGUCAACAUGGACGACCGAUCCCUCGCCGCCAUGCUCACCAUGGUCAAGGGCAUCGGCGCCUGGAGCGUCCACAUGUUCAUGAUCUUCUCCCUCGCGCGCCCCGACGUGCUCCCUUCCGCCGACCUCGGCGUGCGCAAGGGCGUGCAGAUGCUCUACGCCCUCGAAGACGUGCCUCGCCCCUCGCAGAUGGACAAGCUGUGCGAGCGGUGGCGUCCCUACCGCUCGGUUGGGGCUUGGUACAUGUGGCGGCUUAUUGAGUCCAAGGUGCCCCAGCCGGCGCCGGCCAUCCCUGUCGGAUCACUUGCACUCCCUUCGCCGGACGGCCAGAUUAUGCUACAGCAGCAGCAGCAGCAACAGCAGCAGCAGACUGUCAUCCAAAUGAUCGACCCCCUUCAGAUGCUCCCAGGGAUGGGGUGA